AUGACCACGAACCCUUCACACAUCUUAAUUGCGCGAAACUCACGAGGGCCAAACAAUAUCAAUCCAUCGGCUUCCCUCAGUUCACCUACAGAAACUCAUGCAGCAGCUUCAGGUAUAUUCCGUUCCUCGGGCUCACCUCCUUGGUUGCUCGAGGAAUGCGAGACUGACGAUCUGGUCACUGAACUGAGUUUGUAUGACUCUGAAGAAGGUAUAGAGAUUGACGAAACGUUUACUCGCAAGGGAAGAUUCCCCGGAACCGUCAAGAUUGUGGUCGAAAGCACCACUUUCUGGGCGCAUAAAGAAGUCCUUAUCUUUGCGUCACCCUUCUUUGAGGCUGCGCUGAGUGGCAGCUGGGCCGAGACGGGAAGACCACAGUCGAUGUCCUCAGUUAUCACUAUCUCGCAGCCUCCCUCCAUUCCAGGGGAGAAAGGCAUCGUCGAGACGCCCACAGAAAUGACAUUCACGCGCGAAGAUUCAUCUGAUACCGAGUCUCCUGUAGAGAUUGAAAACCCCCCGAGGAGCGAUACUGACAGUGGCAUGAGUAGUAUGCUCGUGACAACUAGUCUUGCCAAGCUGCAGGGUGCAGCCAACAGUCGAGAGACCUUAUCAAGUCGUGACACGAAAGGGAAGCAGCGAAUGGACGAUAGACCGUCGAUUAGACGUGGGUCUCAGACAGCACAUGCAACCGUCAGGCGGCGCCGGCGCACUAAUUGUCAUGACGCUGUCAUAGUUCUCAAAGAGGAGAAAGCUAACACAUUUCACGAUUUCCUGAAGUUUGUCUACCCUCACCUCCAGUGCACCAUAACCUGGAAGAAUGUAGAAGGUCUUAUGAACAUUUCCCACAAGCUUUGUGUUCCGACACUCCAGCAGGAAUGCCUCACUUUCCUCCUGACCCACGCCGCCGGAAAACCUAUAAAGGCCAUGCGGAUCGCAGAACUUUUUGAGGAAGAAGAGCUCUACCGCGAGUCAAGCCGCUUCGUACUUGACAAUCCAGGCGGGUGGUCCGAAGAAGAACUUAGCACCCUUAGCCAAGAGACUCUGCUGAAGCUAGAGAAACGGAGAAACUGGUUCCUUGAGCGAGUACUUAAACUGGGGUUAACCCCACUUGCAAAGGAAUAUCAAUGUUGCGCCACUUGCCCUGAUUCCGCGAUCUGUGCUCGUCUUCUCGAGGAAAAAUGGAGACAAGCAUACAAUGCUGUUUUCCGUUUUGGUCCUUGUCAACCCUCUAUGGUAUAUCGCUAUUUAAGAAACCUGGAGGGUGUCAGUCCACCGCUCGCCCUUACACACCUUACGUGUCAGACAACGGCCAAAGCUUUCACUGCAACUCUUUUUGACAGGAUGUUCUCUCUGGGCAUCCGCAGCGAUGCUAAUGUUGCGCCUCUUGGUGUGCGCGUUGCUGCAGUAGCAGCCGCAGCUACUACUGGUCCUCGCCGUCACUUUCUCUUCUGCACCCUGAAGCCCGAAAAAGCUGUCCCUCGCAUCAGACGAUCUCGAGAAUUGUUAUAG